AUGAAGAAAACAGCUGGAGAAGCAGACAGCAGCAGCAGCAGCAGCAACAGCAGCAGCAGCCCUGCAGCAGCUGCUGCGGACGAUGACGCAGCUGUUUCUGCUGCCGACAAAGACAGCAGCAGCAUCAGCAGCAGCAGCAGCGAGGACGCGCUAGUUCAGGAAGCAGCAGCUGUUGAUGAGUCGGCAGAAGCAGCAGCAGCAGAGGGCGACUCAUCUGCUGCUGCUGCUGCUGCAGCAGGAGCUGCCGAGGCUGCUGCAGCAGCAAACCCCGAAACGCCCCCGCGGCAAGGCAGCCUUAGGGGCUCUCAGGCUGCGCGGGACCCAGCAGCAGUAGCAGCAGCAGAAGCAGCAGCAGCAGCAGCAGCAGAGGCGGUGUCUGCAGCGGAGACCGCAGCAGCAGCAGCAUGGGGCGCGCCCUCCAGCCCCGCCAACAGCAGCAGCAGCAGCAGCAGCAAAGCAGCAGCACCCCCAGAUAUUGGCUCGCUGCUCUUCCCCUCCUGGGGAGAGGCCCUGGGGGCCCCCAGGGGCCCCCAGCCCACUCAGCUGUUCAUAGAAAGGGACGGCAGCAUUCGUG